UUUUUCAUCCCCAGCUGUGUCUGUGAUUUUUCACCUCGUCUGUACGUGAGGAACAGACAGAGCCAGUGGAGAGAGUUCACCGGCUUUGUUUCCCCUCCCUCCCUGCUCUCCCCCUUUCUGCACCCUCCUGCCUCCUCUGAAUGAUUGAAGCCAUGCCCAUCGUGUCUGCAAGCACAGUCACAGGGCUGCAUGAGACUCUGGCCCUGCUCACCUCUCAGCUUCGCCCAGAUGCCAACCAUAAAGAGGACCUGGUCUUCCUCAAAGAUGUCUUCAGUGAAAAAAGCCUCGGUUACCUCAUGAAGAUUCAUGACAAACUGAAGCAGUAUGAGAAACACAGUCCGACUCCAGUUCUCCACAGCGCCACCUGUCUGGCAGAGGAUCUGGCAGAGGAGCUUCAGAACGGUCCCCUGGAGGACGAUGAGAGAGAACUGCUUCUCCUGCUGAGCACUCCUCACCUCAAGGCGGUGCUGUCAGCUCACGACACAGUGGCCCAAAAGAACUUUGACCCGGUGCUGCCGCCACUGCCGGAGGAUCUGGACGACGAUCUGGAGGAAGAGUCGGUCAAGAUCGUCCGCUUGGUGAAGAACAAAGAACCCCUGGGUGCGACCAUCCGGAGAGACGAGGCGACAGGAGCUGUGAUCGUGGCCAGAAUCAUGAGGGGAGGGGCAGCUGACCGCAGCGGUCUGGUGCAUGUUGGGGAUGAGCUUCGAGAGGUCAACGGAAACCUGAUAACCCAUAAAAGGCCAGAUGAGAUUAGUCAGAUUCUGUCGCAGUCACAGGGAUCCAUCACACUGAAAAUCAUUCCAGCUGUUGUAGAAGAAGACAAACUAAAGGAAAGCAGGGUCUACCUCCGGGCUUUGUUUGACUACACGCCGUAUGAGGACAAGGCCACGCCGUGCCAAGAGGCGGGACUUCCUUUCAAGAGGGGGGACAUUCUUCAGGUUGUAAGCCAGGAGGACGCCACCUGGUGGCAGGCCAAGAGGAUUGGCGACUGUAACCUGCGAGCCGCCCUCAUCCCCUCCACACAGUUCCAGGAAAGGCGCUUGAGAUACAGGAUGAAAAUGGGUUCUUUCCCUGCCCCUAUGUCCCCAAAAGCAUAUGAUCGUGCUGAGAGAGAAGACUGUGACAGUGAGGGUGCUCUGAAUGGAAAGGACAUAGUUUCUCCCAAGAGUAAGGCAGCGCCUGUCUUCUGUGGCCAUGCUCUCUCAUGGGAUUUUUACUCAGCUGGACUGCGCAGGAGUUUCCGCCUCAGAAAAGACCGCCAGGCUUCGCCAGGAGAACCGCAAACUCCAGACGCCAAUCACACAGAGUUCCUCAUUUAUGAAGAAGUAACACAGUACCUGCCUCGUCCGGGUGAAAGGCCUCGUCUUAUAGUACUGAUAGGUUCCCUGGGAGCUCGGAUCACUGAGCUUAAACAGAAAGUUAUCGCUGAAAAUCCUCGGCGUUAUGGUUUGGCUGUGCCUCACACCACUCGAGCCAGGAAGUGUAAUGAGAGAGAAGGAGUGGAGUAUCACUUCAUCACCAAAGCGGCUUUUGAGGCAGACAUUCAGAAUGGGAAGUUUAUUGAAUACGGGGAAUAUAAAGAUAAUCUUUAUGGCACCAGUUUGGAGUCCAUUCACAGAGUUUUGGAUCAAAACAAGGUCUGUCUGGUGGAUGUGCAACCAGAUGCAUUGAAGACUCUGCGUACUGCCGAGUUUAAACCAUAUGUCAUCUUCGUGAGGCCUCGCAUUUAUGACAGUCAAAGGAAACUACUUGGCUCCUCUUCCUCACUCAGCUCAGGGAUCACAGAGGACGACCUACAGGAAAUGAAACAUUCGGCUGAGCGGAUGGACGAGUGCUAUGGCCCUUUGGUGGACUAUGUCCUGGUGAAGGAGGACCCAGUCAGUGCCUUAGCUGAGCUCCAGGUCCUACUGGAGAGGGUGCAGAUGGAGCGUCAGUGGGUGCCUGUGUCCUGGGUUCGGAGCUAGCCUGCUGAGCUUGACUGGUCCAUGUUGGAUCAGUGGACCGCAGCAUGUGGAGGACAGAUUAAACUGCAGGAAGCCUCCUGAGUGUUGGAGUCAUCCAGUGUUUACUGCCAUACUAACCAUUCCACACGUACAGGUUUGUCAUGUCAGUAGCUGCUAAAAUAUGAAAGAGAUUAGCUAAUUUAUCAGUAUAAACAUCAAGCGAGCCUUUCUGUUUUAGAUUCUUAUACUGUAUAUCUGAAGUGUACAAUGGCAGUAAGACAGCAUGUGGUACACGCAUGUAGGAGGUAAGUUCUGUAAUCAAGCCGUCGUCAAAGAGCGGCACUCACUAUGAUCAAAUAUGUAAAACAUCUACUGUAAUAGCAGCUACAAGGUGAAAUGCCAUAUCGAGCAUUACGAAAGAAUAAGUGUGCAGACCAUCUUCUCAUGUAACUGUUACCUGACUUGGCUCUGAC